AAUGUCUAAUGAAUGAUGGGAAAUUAAGGAGGGGAGGCGGAAAACCCAGCUGACACUGACACUGACACUUUUCGUGGACUUUGCUAACCGUUGUGUAGUGAAAGAGGACAGCAUGGCGCUUAGAGUAUCCUCUCACCAGAAUUUUGGGACUUUCAAUACGAUGCCAACACAAGGGACAUCUGGAAGUAACUAUCUCCCCCCUCCACCUUAUACCGUUUCUGAUCAUGGAGGUCAGUCACGGCCAGUGCAGCAAAACUGGAACAUUUCUACCAUUUCAGAAGGUGAAGCCCGGGAAGCUUUUCUUGAGUAUGCUUCUAGUAACUGCUGCUACAGCAGCAACCCUCCCAAAGAGAUGAUGUUUGAAGAUAUACAGUCAUUCAAUACUUAUCGAUAUCGCUUGGAGACCUUCACUGAAUCAAGGUUUUUUGAAUGGAAGAGUAAACCUUUUAAAGAGAUUUCUUUUGCUACAGGUACUUUUUCAGUUCCCGUUACAGAUGUCACAGCCCUCUUGCCUUGGGAUAUUCCAGUGACCAUUCCUAAGAUGUUCAUAAAUGACACCAAAGAAAUUAUGAUACCCAGCACAUCUUCAGUAAAGGAAUGCUCAGUGUGCAAAUCUUCAGGUAAAAUUGCCUGUGAAAGUUGUGAUGGACGUCUGAGGGAACAAUGCCAUUGGUGUAACGGAACAGGAUUGUUCAUUCAUGACACAUGCAGACACUGUUCUGGAACUGGGUUAUCUGCCACCACGUGUAGAGCUUGUUCCGGACAUGGAAAAAUAAAUUGCAACAGAUGUAGUGGGCAUGGACUUUUGCUGAUGUACAACGCACUGGUAGUUAAAUGGGAAAAUAACAUUUCUGAACAUGUGUCAUAUCAAAGAAAGGACUUCCCUGCUAAACGCUUCCAAGAAGUUACUGGACAGAAGUUGUUUGUUGAUGAACAGGACAUGGUAUACCCAAUUAUAAAUUUCCCUGAUAGUAGCAUAAAUAACUCCUCAAGAAAUGCUAUUGAGAAACACCGAGCUCAGUUUGUUUCUACAUCACGGAUAAUAAGGCAGAAGCAAACAAUUGAGCAGAUACUUCUUACAAGAGUAGAAUACACAUGGCAUGACAAGUCCCACUCUUUUUAUGUCUAUGGAAAUGAGCACAAGGUAUAUACAGAAGAUUAUCCUCAAACGUGUUGCUUUUCCAGCGUUGCUAUGUUACUAAUGACCUUGUGCAAUGAGGAAUUGUCAUUACGUACUCAACUUCCUGCUUCCACUCACAAGCUAAGAAAACUUUCUGAGCCUUAUGGGGCCAUCCUGAUUACUAAUCUACCAGCUGAACAGCACGCGGCAAUUCUCCAGGGUUUAUGCGUACACUUCCCCCAAACAUACCAAGGCCUUCUGGGAAGCAGGAACCUCCUUUCUCUUUCUUUCCACUGCCUCCCUCAAGCCAAAACAGCAAUGGAGAAAGAAUCGCUUCUUGGAGACAAAAGCUGUGUAAGGUAUGGAAGUGAUCACCUCUCCACAAGGAUUGCACAAGGUGCAUCAGAUCCAUGUUCUGCCUAUGAAGGAGCCUCUGCCCCUCCCUUUGAGAUGUUGGACAAUAGUUCUACCGAUGAAAAGAAAAGAUUGAAUGAUACUGGAGACAAACCUGGCCCAGCUGUUCAGUUGACCCAUGAGGAACAUGAAGAAUUUGGUCCCCACCACAGAGAUCUGCACACCCUCUCUGUUUCUGAACAGGAUGUUAAAGAAGCACUUCUGCAGUAUGUAUCCAGCAAGCAUUUCUAUAGGACUGCCCCUGCAAAGCAUAUGAAAGUCCAGAAUAUCAAAUCUCUCAACACAUACCGAUAUCGUCUGGAAUCCUUCACGGAAACUCGAGAAACGUACUUGGCCAGCGAGCUUUAUGAUGGUGGAUUCAUAGACUCUCGCGCUGUUGCACCCCCUCCUGCUCCUUGGGAAAUAGUAGUGGAUCCUCCUCCUUUGUUCACAGACUGUGAAAUGCAUAUCCCAGUACCCCAUACAUAUUCAGUGGAGAGCUGUCCGAACUGCAAAGGACGUGGUGCAACUGUAUGCUUAUCUUGUGGAGGAACUGGCAAGAAAACAUGCUGUUUUUGUAAUGGGAGUGGAUUCAACUUUCAGGAAGACAGCAAUAUCUGCUCAUCCUGUGCAGGUUCAGGAAUGGUUCGUUGUUUCAAGUGUCAUAGCAAUGGAUGGCUGAAGUGUUAUCGUUGCAAUGGGAGUGGAGUCUUGCUAUUUCAUACGGAACUAACAAUAACGUGGAAGAACAACGUAUCAGAACAUGUCGUAGACAGGAACUCAGGCUUUCCCAUUUACCAUUUACAGAAAGUGACUGGGAAAGAAAUAUUUAUGGAUGAGCACUCAUUGGUAUACCCUAUAGUCAAUUUCCCUGAGCCAUCGAUUGAUGAGGGUUCACGAGCAUGCAUUGAACAACACAGAAUACAAUGUGAAUCAGAAAGUCGCAUCUUAAGACAGAAACAAACAGUUGAGAUGGUGCCUGUUACAAAGGUGGAAUAUGAAUGGAAAGGGAAGCUCCGUUCCUUCUAUGUGCUUGGCAAUGAGAAGAAAGUAUAUGCCAAAGACUACCCAGGAAAGUGCUGCUGCUCAGUCAUGUGACACAAGGAUUGCAUUCGGCUGCCAACCAGCACAGCUACUCCCAGUUGUUUGCUUUUUACAGUCACUUGCAGGAUUUUACUAAAAUCAAAGACUUCAGAAUUCUCCGGAUGAUGUGCAAGGCUUCACUCAUAGGACAGUGUGGAGCAGGGUGGUUCUCUCUCCCAGAUGCUAUUCAUGCAAAACAAAAAUAUUAGCAGUGCUUUUCAGUUUGAGAGAUGAAGGAAGCCAUUUGCUAUAAUGCACAAUAAGACACCAUGCUGGCCAAAUGAAUAGGCAAUUGUGUCAGGCCGCAGAAAAAAUGCCAGGAGUAACAGUAUUAUUAGAACCAACCGGAAUACCUCAAAUUCUCCAGAACUCUUCAUCAGAUAGGAUCUUCAGUUAAAAAAACAAACAAACAGGGGCAGAGUGGGGGAGGGGAGAAUGAUCUUUCAGGGCAUUGCGGCAGGGCCACAAGUCUGCUGCUUCGAGGCACUUAAGAUAGAAUAUGGGUUGAGCUGCAGGCUUUGUUGAAUUAGGCGGUACUAGCUGCAAAACCGGUAGCUAGUUAUAUGAUGAAAGGUUCAAGGAUUUAGAUUUUGUUUUCAGUAGAUUUCUGUGGAAUAAAUUAAUGUAACUAAAAGCUACUCAUAACAUUCCUGUAGAAGCUAUUUGGAAAGAGGCUUAUACAACACUGAUCUUGUACACAUCUCUGCUGUGACUGACAUGACUCUUCGGCAAAAAAAAAAGUGUUUAAAAUCCUGUCUCAAAAGUAAUCUUCCCAAGAAGGUAAGCUAAGGGAGGGAUUGGUGGAAAUGGGACUUUUCAGCUAUCUUUUCAAUACUGCAGUGGAAUCUUUUCUCCUUUUGGUAUCUGUCACAUACAACAGCCAUAAAUCUUCAGUAGCUUUUGCCUACAGGAUUACAAUUGGAUCCCCCUGUAUGGUGUCACACAGUCAAAGAACGCAAAGAUAAUACUAUUUAUGAACUGAGUCUUAACUGAAUCUUAGCUUCUUGUGAUCAACUGUCCCAGCUGCAGAAUCUCAAAAGGUUCUGUAUAAUGCUAAAUAGCAUCUGUUAUAUAGUUCUACCACAAGAUGUCUCUGGAUCACUUCAGAGAAGCAUUAGGGUGAAUUGGUAGGAUAAGAAUUCUACAAUAGUAAGUCUUUCUUUAGAAAAUGCUCUGCGUGGGGGGGAAGAA